CGAGCGCGAUGUGUUGGAAUGCGUGAGUCUCGCGCACUUCCUCGACCGACUUAAGAGUUUGGAAACAACUCCGCCAGAAGCUUGUUUCUACAACAACAUCGACAAACAGCGAGUGAGCACCGCCGCUGGUUGAGCAUGUCUGCUCAGACAGUGUAUCCAGCAACAGCUGGUAUCUUCAUGCCUUCUGUAGGCAUCCCACUGCCAGAAGAGGUCCAUGACCUCCCUGAGAUGUCUCGAAACGAUGUGGCCGCCCCUCAGCUAGUGAUGCUGGCUAACGUGGUGGUAGCAUCAGAGACGUCUCCCUCUGAACGUUAUGCAGAAGAUAUACAAAUGGUUGAACUCACAACUGUUGGAUGCAACAGCUACUCUGACAGUGAGGAAGAGGGUAUUAUCAGAUACAGCUUUGACAACUCUGAGACGACUGAGGACACAUACGCAGAACAGGCCACUUGGGUAGAGCCAGAGGUGACGGAAAGAGUGCUGGAGCAGAGUGCCACAAGAGUGGAGCGAGCAGAAAACAGCACAAAACCUUCUGAAAAAUCCCCAUCUGAAUCUUUAUCUGCAGGGAAACGCAAGCGUGACCCAGUCUGCAUCUUUGAAUGCAACAAAAAGAAGACAAAGCCCUUAUUCUGUAAACCCUGCAUGUACCGGGCCGAUUGCGAGGAGGACUUCAUUCACCAUCUUGGAGCUCACAGCUCCAAAAAAAUGAGUGAGAAGAAUGGCUCAGCAGACUCCAACGAUGAUCAGGCUUGUGAGUCAGGCCAGUUGCCAACAGAAGGCCCAGAGAACAGUGAAAGUUUGAUGAACUACAAAGGUGUGAUCAGCUGUGAUCGCUGUGGAUACAACACCAACCGUUACGACCACUAUGUAGCCCACCUUAAGCAUCACACUAAGGAAGGUGAAGAUCAGAGAGUUUUCAAGUGCACCAUUUGCACUUAUACAACCAUCAGUCAGUACCACUGGAAAAAACACUUGAGGAAUCACUUUCCAAGCAAGCUUUUCACCUGCAAUCAGUGCUCAUAUUUUUCUGAUCGCAAAAAUAACUACAUACAGCACAUCCGAACCCACACUGGUGAGCGUCCAUUCAAGUGCAUAUACUGUGAAUACUCCAGUUCACAAAAAACCCACCUUACCAGACACAUGAGAACGCAUUCAGGUGAGAGGCCUUUCAAAUGUGACAAUUGCAGCUACCUGGCAGCCAACCAGCACGAGGUUACCCGCCAUGCCAGACAGGUCCACAAUGGGCCCAAGCCCCUAAGCUGUCCUUACUGCCAGUACAAGACAGCUGACCGCAGCAACUUUAAAAAGCACGUUGAGCUCCAUGUUAACCCUCGCCAGUUUCUUUGCCCAGUCUGCAAGUAUGCUGCAUCUAAGAAGUGCAACUUGCAGUACCACAUCAAGUCCAGACACCCAGGAUACUCUGAUGUGGAUGUGUCUAAAGUCAAGCUGCGUGUGAAGAAGCCUGAUGCUGAUGACCUCCCGGAAAAUAAGAAUAAUAAGCUUGUGAUGAAUGAGGUUGGAGGGAGACGAAGUGAGGAAGAACAAUCAGAUGAAUUGGAUGACACUGAAUCAGGUCCCAUCAACCUCUCCAAGGUACCCAGUAAACCCACCCCUGCUCUGGAGACAGAGCUGACUGACAAGACUUCAAAGAAAUCUGCAUUGGAUGUCAUUGGUAUAGAGAAACCUGAAAAGCCAAUCCAAAAACCCAAAGAGAAAACCACAGAGAAAAAGUCAAUUUUGAAAAAUGAGGGGAAAGAGAAAAACAGCAAGAAGGUUAAAGCAAAGACUUUGGAGAAAGUUGCAGACAUCACUGUGACCCAAACCGAGGGUUGCAAUGACAAAAAAGACAAUAAAAAGUUGAAAGUGAUGAAAAAGACUGAGAAAUCCCCCAAAUCUAUGGAGAAAGUUUCAAAGGGCCAUUCAAAGAAAGAAAAGCCAUUGAAGGAGACCGCAAAUGAAGUAAGUGCUCAACAUUACCUUGUUGCAAAGGAGCAAAGGAUGGAAUCAGUUAGACAGGUAAACGAAAGAGUGGAGAAGGACCUUCUCGAUAAAGAACAGCAGCAAAAACAGGAUGAGGAGGAGGAGGAAAGACCGAGGGUAGAAAAGGAAAACCAACUGCAGGAUGAGAAAGUGAAGAAGACUGAAGAAAGCUCAAAGGAUUGCAAGAAAUCUUCAACCAAGAAACCCUACAAGAGGCAGACAAAAUCAACAAAGAUCAACAGUGGAAAAGGUAUUCCGAGUACAGAGAAAGUCCAAGAGGUCAAGACUAACCCGGUCAAAAGAAAAGCAGUGGCUAUGAAUGUACCAGGGGCUAAAACCUCAGAACAGAACUGUCCCUCCAAGCGGGUCAAGAGCAAGAGAAAAGACACCACCAAGCCAACGCCUGGUGCAACAGGUUCUCCACAGAGCAAUCGCACCAUACCUGAGGUUCUAAAGGCCAUGAAGAGCAAAAGCAAGAACUUGGGAAUGAGUGCAAACAAACCUGAGAGUUGCAUCAAUGAACCUGAGAAGACCAGUGAAAAUAUUGAUGGCAAUGCAGGCCCAGAGAAUGCAAGCACCCGACAGAUCGAAGAAUUGUCCACCUCAGAACCACUGAAGGUACCUGAACAACCAGACCAGCAGAUUCCGACCGUGGUGAUCUGCCAAGAUGAGGGAGUUUGCAAAGAGACCAGCACUGUUGAAGAGGAACCCACAGUUGGAGUAAUACCUCUGAACCAACUCCAGGAUCCAGAGCCAGAAUUGCAGAAUGAAAUUAAAGGAAAGACCGCAGCUGAACCAAAGGAAGUUUUAGAGGUGGACAGCGGAAGUGAGAUGCCGUCACCUACUGACAGUGAGUCCUCUCCAGGAUUUAGCCAACAGCAGCCCAUUUUAAGUCCAACUCUUGAACUUCCUGGUCCACCUCUUCUCAAAUCCACAGACGCAGAAGAUGACGAGGGUAUCCAUAGUAAUGAUGGGGGAAGUGAGAUCAGUGAUAGCGCAUCUGAAGGAAGCUAUGACUCCGGUCUCAACGGCCUGGCUGCUGCCACAGAGGGAGAGAAACUUCCCGAAACUCCUUCAGAGGAGCUUCCAUCUCCAACCAAACUGCUCAGUCACACGUGCAUUUUCUGUGACCGUACAUUCUCUUUGGAGAUGGACUACCGUCGUCACCUGAACCGCCAUCUUGUAAAUGUGUAUUACUUGGAGGGUGCAACUCAGGGUAAAAUGUGAGAGGGAACUUAUUGGACAAUGCCUACAAUUUUGGACUCUUUUGUAUCAAAGAGAAUUUAUGAGCAAGUUUCUCUAAACAUUUUCACUUCUGGAGUGAAAAAAGUUGUGUAAGUUUUUUGAGGUGGGCUUGGUGGAAAUUGUUAUUGUUGGCUUUGCAAUGCACAGCUACUCUAGAUGCUAACUCUAUGAUUUCCAGCGUUUAGCUUAAAGAAAUGUACUGGGUUCAAUACAAGUUAAGCUCUAUCGACUGGAUCUGUGGCAUAAUGUUGAUUACCACAGAAAUGUAUUUUGACUGGUCCCUCGUUUAUGUAAACAAAGUAAAAAUAUGGGAUACCACGAGGCACUUACAAUUGAAUCCAUAAAUACUUGCUGUUUCAAAAGUAUAGCCAAAAGAUGCAAACAUUAUACAUGAUUUUAAUGAUUGGUAACAUCAGGAAUUUACCAGCAUGACCACAGUUACCAGAUUAUAAGGUUUACCAGUGUUAUGUUUUUUUAACACACUAAAAUCAUGUUAGCACAUAUAUUUACAUUUUGUGGCUUUACUUUUGAAACAGUGUGUAUUUAAAUGUUUAUUGUCUGGCCCCAUUUGCUUCCAUUGAAGUGCCUUACUGUAACAACCGCAAUUUUUCUUUUAAACUAUGGACCGGUUGAAAAUAUUUUCUGUGGUAAAACACCAUGCCACUAAUGCUGUUGAUUGAGAUUUACUUGUAUUAAAACGCUCCUUUAAUGACAUUAUGUAUUGAUUCAUAUCACAGUAUUCCUUCAGUUAGCAUAUGGCUACCAUAAUUCCAGAAUAUUUUUUUUAAGCUAGUGGCUAGAGUUAUACUCUAUGUACUUGUAUGAAGACUUAUGGAUUGUCCAUUAGAUCUCAAACUAACUGAAUCUUUGCUUGGUGAUGGUAUCUUUAACAAAAUUAUCAUCAACAGAUUUUUCCCGAGUUUAUCGUCACACUACUUGGAACAACAAAAGGAGGGACACUCUGCAAGUGCACUUUCUCCCUCCAUCUCUGCAGAGAGCUGAGAUUAGUCAGACCCAAUAGUACAGAUGAUAAUGGGCCUUUCAGUGUCUUUGUGCCAUUCCAUUCCACUGAAGCACCUCCAUCUCUGGUCAGCAAGAGCCGAAGUGUGGCUAAAGCUGGCUAAUGUCAUUGUAUUCUUUGUUUCUUUGUAGCCUUUUACAGUUUAGAGUGCACUUGACAACUAACCAUAAACUUAUAUUUGGGGUUCUGUUUCACGUAAGCUAACAUUUUUAUUUUAACAGUACAAUUUUCACACUAAUACAGUUCUUUCUUUGUUUAAACUCCUCUGCCUUUCAAGGAGAGUAACAAAUAGUAUUGUACAGUUUGAGUAGAAAGUAAAAGUCAUUGUACAUUUCCUUUCAGAGUUUAUAUACAUUUAUAAUUUGUCUUUAACACUGAGAAUCUCACCUCUUGUAGAUUUUUCUUUCUCUGUUCAGUUUCUGAUUAGAUUUCAAGUCCAAAGAUUUUGUUGCUUUUAUCUGUCGAUAAACUGUACAUAUUGAUUUCUUUUUUGCUCUGGUGCUUUGGACAAUCAAUUUGAGCAUUUUUAUAUAUUAUCCAUAUUCUGAAUGAAUGACUAGAAUGGCUUGUCUUGCUCUUAAACAUACAGCAUUCUGUUCCACGUAUCGAAUGGAUUAUCUGCAUCAGAAAGUUAUUUAUCCAAAGUUUUUCUAAACAUAUCUGACUUUGUUUAUUGUGUAAGAAUGUGCUGUUGCCACAACCUUUAUGUCAUUCAAUAUCUGUCAUGUUAUCUCGUGAAAGAAAUACUGUAAGAAAAAAUUUAAGAAAUAAAUUGCCUUAAGUGCAUUCAGUGCAAUAUUGAAUUUUGGAUGUUACCAAAGCAAAAUGUAAUUGGCUUCAGACUGAGAUGUGGUGCUCCUAGAAAACCAACAAUCCACAGGUACUUCAGUGCCCCUGUAAAACUGCACUCUUGGACGGUUGAAUAUUUUAUCUCUGUAAAUUUGUCCUGAUCACUUUGAGUCAAGCAGUUUUUCUUUUUUUCUUGAGUCAUUUACAUGGUAAUCAAGUGCAUGUCAUUUUAAUUUCUUUGUAAAAGUUGUCAAAUUAUAUAAUUUGAAAUAUAAUGUCCCCUUAAAUCAAGUUGGUAAUGAUGAUUAUUUGGAUUUUUAGAGAAAUUAUUUGACAGUUUAAUAUGUGACCUGUGAUGUGUUUAGCUGAAGACAUUUCAAUAAAAUAAAAAUCAC